AUGCUGCGCCAGGUGUUGCAGGCAGGCCUGAGGAGCUCUUUCCAGGCUCUGGGUCGGUUCGUGGCGAGCCACCCAGUCUUCUUCGCCUCCGCCCCCGUACUGGUGUCUGUCCUGCUGGGGGCCAGCUUCAGUCGGUACAGAGUGGAAGGUAACGUGGAGUCCCUCCUGGUUCCUAAACACAGUCUGGCGAAGAUAGAAGGAAACCUGGUGGACUCACUGUUUCCUGUCAACAGAUCUAAACACACCCUGUACUCUGACCUGCAGACUCCAGGUCGUUACGGUCGUGUUAUAGUCACCUCUAGGAGAGGCAGCAUCCUGGACCCCCUACACACAGACCUGGUACUCAAGCUCCAUCGUGCUGUCGUUCAGCUCCAGGUUCCAGUGUUGGGGUUCAACUACUCUUUCUCCCACCUCUGUCUUCUCGACGACAAGAAUACCUGCAUCAUCGAUGACAUCAUCCGAUCCCUGGAGGACAGCCAAUCAGCUCGCUUCGCUAACCGUUCUUCCCUUCCUCUGCGCUACCCAAUCACACGUCUGGCUGACGGGCGGAUGGCCUACAUUGGUCACCAGUUAGGAGGGGUGCAGGCGUGGGGGGCGGGGCCUGCAGUACAGGGCCCAGGGGGUGUGUCUGGUCGAGGCCAAGGAGUCCGGAGCGCUAGGGCUCUGCAGCUGACCUACUACCUGCAGGCUCGCGGCGCCCUGACGGACAGGGUGGCUAGCCAAUGGGAGCAGGCGUUCUGUGGAGAGCUGGGCCGGUUUGGGGCGGGACACCCUGAACUGAGCUUAUACCCCUUCACUUCAUCCUCUCUAAGGACAGACUUCCAGGCGUCGUCAGUGCUGGCUCGGCGCCCCCUGCUGGCCAGUGUAUGUGUGUGUUUGGUGUUAGCCGUGGGCUGUUGUUCGAUGAGGGACUGUGUGAGAGCUAAACCCUGGCUAGGGCUUUUGGCUCUGCUGUCUAUCGCCCUCUCUGGUCUCACUGCUGCUGGCAUCCUUAACCUGACUGGAACCACUUACAACUCAACCUACCUGGGGGUACCAUUCAUACUGCUGGGUCACGGACUGUUUGGCACAUUCGAGAUGCUAUCGUCAUGGAGAAGGACACGUGAGGACCAACAUGUUAAGGAGCGUGUAGCUAGCGUGUUCUCUGAUGUCAUGCUGCGUUACUCAGGAGCUACACUGCUACAUCAGGUGUCUCUGGGUCUGGCUGCGUCUCCUCUGACCAACCUGGAGGCUGUCCGGCUGUUCUGUCGCUGCGCUGCAUUGGGCGUAACCGUUGGUUACCUUUACACCUUGUCCUUCUACGCCACCUGUCUGGUUGCCACAGGUUACCUGGAGACAGGGUACAGACACGGGUGUUUCUGCCGCCGUGUCCCCAAGAAGGGAGCGCUGGACACCAAGCCACGCUGGUACCGCUGUCUCAUGUACACACGCUACCAGGAUGAGACACACUCACAAACUCACUCACACACCCAGGACUCACACUUGUUGCUAGGCUGCGUGCAGCGUUGCUAUGGAGACUGGAUCACCAACACCUAUGUGAAGCCCUUCAUGGUUCUGCUCUACCUCGUAUACAUCUCCUUUGGCCUGAUGGGCUUCCUACAGGUGAGCCAGGGCUCGGAGCCCAGUUCUCUGGUUGCUCUGGAUACAGGGACGUCCUUGUAUGCUCGCGCCCAGCAGCGCUACUUCUCCUCCUACACUCCUGUGAUUGGCUUCUAUGUCUAUGAGAGCGCCCCCUAUUGGAACACCUCGGUACAGCGAGACCUGCUGGAGUACGCUGAAGGGUUCCAGCGAAUCAGCUGGCUGGAAAGCUACCUGGAUUACCUGAGAGAACGGAACCUCACCACUACCAGCCAAUCACGUGAUAGCUUUACGCGGAUGCUCCGCCUCUCCUUCCUUCGCCAGCCGCAAUUCGCUCAUUUUGCCGAUGACAUCAUCUUCGCUGAGCGCGAUGAAGGGGAGGAGCCAGAGAUGGCAGCAUCACGUGUCUUCCUGGUUGCCAAGACAACAGAGAACAAGAGGGAGGAGAUGUCCGUCCUAUUGGACACACUGAGACGUCUGUCUCUGACAUCACGCGUCCGCUUUCUCAUCUUCAACCCCUCCUUCGUCUACUUGGACAGGUAUGCUACAGCGGUGAGCUCUCCUCUGCGCCACUCCCUGAUGGCGGUGUUGUUCCUGCUGGGUCUGUCGUCUCUAGCGGUGGUGGAGCCCCUAGUGGCAGUGUGGCUCAGUCUCACCCUCCUCUCUGUCCAGUUUGGUGUUCUGGGCUUCAUGACUCUGUGGGGCGUGGAGCUCGACUGCGUGUCUGUGUUAUGUCUGAUUUCAGCACUGGGUCACUCUGCAGACUGCUGUGGUCCUCUACUGGCCACCUUCUCCUCUGGCCGGGGGGACAGCCGGACCGUGUGGGUCAGACUGGCGUUGGAGAGACAUGGCGUCCCCUCUCUACAGACGUUGAUCUGCUACACCGCAGCGCUGCUCCCUCUGGCCGCCGUACACUCCAACCUUACACGCUCGCUGUUCCGUUGCCUAGUGCUGACGGCGUUCUGUUCAGCGCUACAUGCCUUGGCCUUCCUGCCCACGCUGCUCACCUUCCUGCCACCCGCCAAGAAGACAGGAAGUAGACAGGGAGACAGGGGGGAAGGGGAGGGGCUUAGAGAGGAAGUGGAGUGUGUGGAGAUGGUUGACAGCACCAGGGUGGUCGAUCAGAUCACCACCGUCUGA